AUGUCUGAAAAUCAACCACAGUCUAAACAAGAAAAUGAUGCUUAUCAACGUGGAUUAUUACUUGAUAAAGAACAGUUUAGAGCAUUUAUUCAACACUAUAAGAGCAAUAUUAAUGAAUAUCAUUCGGAGAUUUUAACAAAUCCUGUCACACCUUCACUGAAUCAUAAUCUACAACAUAUCCAGUUGGCGACUGCAUUAACAUCUAGUACAAGUGGUUGUCCGAUGGAAUAUACCAGAAUCAAUACAAAAUUGGAUAUUGAUCCUGCUGAAAUACAACAAAAUAAAAAUCGAAGUUUAAAUGCUGCAAUGGUUGCUCAUCUUCAUCAAUUGGAAGUACGUAAUCAAAGAUUGGAAAAAGAGAAAAUUAGUCUUGAACAUCAAUUGGCGCAUGUUCUUAAACGAUUGACAACAGAUCAAAUUAUUGACAAAAAUCAAUAUUCUGACAAUAAACAUGGUGAUAAAGAACAACAACAGAAUCAAUCAUUGUUAUGUACUAACCAGAGUGAACAAGCAUUAAUUCAAGAGGAAGAUCGUGUUCAUCGGUAUAACGGGAAAUCAUUGCCGAAACAUGCACCAAUUGCUAGUUACGAUGAUAUUACUGAUAGGAAAAGUUUGCUUGAAUCAAUAGGUGGAUUUAGUUUGGGUGAAUAUUCAAGCUUAUCUGAUGCUUAUGAUGAUAUUUGUUUGAAUAAAAAUCUUGUGAAUGAUAUAAAUGAUUCAGAUAUAUCAGAAUUAUUUUACACCGAACAAAAUAAAGCAAUAACUUACGAUAAUGAUUGUAGCACAAAUCAACUAACCAGUAAACAAUCAACAUAUAAGAAAUCUAAUUUUGAGAAUAAGAAUGAAGUUGAUAAUCAUUCAUCAUUUUUGAAAUUUGAAAAAGUAACGAAAGAACCCAAAGAAAAUUCAUCAUUUACACCUGACGAAUUUUUAAUUUAUCGACCAGAUGAAAGAGCACAUCAUGACGAUAACGAUGCGAAUAGUGAAGGUCACUACAAUACCAGCUCAUCAUCAUUUAGUCCAUCACCGAAAUCUGCAAUUCCGCGAAGAACAUUAUCAUCGCGUAGGAAGUUAGUUAUGUUGACACCUAAUGAAAGAUAUUCUAGUUCACUCUCUGUUGAGUCAUAUAACUCAUCAAGUGAUUCCAUAGUAAUCAGCAACCAUGAAAUGUAUGAUAAUGAGCAAUUAACGAAAUUGGAUUAUCAUGAUAGAAUGCAUGAUCAGUCAGCAUCUCUACCAGCUUCUCCAGUUACACGGAGAAAUUGGAUGUCUAGAAAUGAUUUCUUAAAAUCGGUGAAAGAUUAUACAGCAACAUCGAAACUUUCGUCAAAAAUCACUCAUAUACUUGAUUCAAAAACCAUUCCUAAACUAGGUUCAGAUGGAAUACAUAGUACUGAUCGAUUGAAAAAAUCAACUAUGAAAGCAUCUGAUAUAUCUGAAGCUUCCAAUCCUACUAUUUUUGAUUCAAAUACACCGCAAUCACCGAAUGAAAAGUUUAUUAAUUCUGUAAAUAAAACUACCUUGAUGAAAGGUCCACCAAAAAUUCACAUAUCAAGAAAACAUCUAUAUGAACCGAAACAAUAUUUACAAUUUAGUGAUACAAGUAGUUCUGUCAAUCAAACUGAAAAUAAUGAAGAGGAUUUAUUACAACCUUUAUCUCGUACUAAAAGUAUUGAAUCAACUGGUUUAAAUGAUGAUCGAUCGAUCAAGCAGAGUACUGUUAUACGUAAUCUUGGAAAAUCAAUAAAACAAAAUAAACAAUCCAAAAAGCAUAAUGUACCUUCAAGUAUGAAUCAAUCAACAUACAGCGUUCCAGUUAAUGAUUCAACUCGUGAACACAUGAUGACUGCAUCAUCAUCAAUAUCGUCAAAAAGUCACCUACCAUAUACACAAUUAACAAUUGGAUCAAUAAAUGAUUUUUUAAAUACCAAUUUGGAAACAUCAUUUUGUAUUGAUUUGAAUUAUUUACUAACCGAUGAGAAAAAUCAUUUGGCUUUAAAAUAUCUAUCAAACUUUAUUAAAUCUUUUGAAGUAUUCACAUGUGUUUCAGGCUGUGCGUAUUUACUACAAACUAUUAAAUUAAAUUUGACUAAUUUAAUGCCUAUAGUAAUCAAACAAACCGAGAAAAGUAUUCCAAUAAAUUGUGAUCAAUCAAGUGAAACCAAUUCUGAGUCAAGUUUACAUCAAACUGUGAAUAUGAAUCAGUUUUUAGUGUUGGAUUCAAACAAAACCAUUGAUUCAACAUCGAUAAAAUCAAUGAGACAGUUUGAAAAUCUAUCCAAAGACUUAUAUAAUUUCAAGUCGAAUACAUUUGAAUCAUGUAAAACAAAUGUACUAAAGCAGCCUAAUUUAUUGAACGAUUUGCCAAUUUCAAAUGAUGAAAACAAAUUGUCAAUUUGUGAAAAUUACUCAGGUGUUUUAUUGAAAUUAAAUAAUCAUUUAAAAUUGUGGCAUCAUUAUUGGUGUAUACUUACAUUGAAAGGAUUAUUUCUGCAUCAUUGUCAACAGAUAAUCACAUGCAAUCAAUCUAUGACAAUAAAUCAACCGGAAAAAGUUAUCCUGUUCACAGAAAUUCACAGUGUUCGACGUCCAACGAACAUGUCAACAUCGAUCAAUCAGCUGAUGUGUUCAAACUUAUCCAAGAAUGAUUCAUUAAUGUUAUUAUCAUCAGGAUCAACAACAACAGCUGCAACGGCGUCAACCAUGCGUAACAAUAUUGAAACACGCCCAAAUGUCAGUGCUCCGGUCUCACGAAAAUUUACACACAUUGAAAGUAUGCCAAAAACUCGCGUAGAAAAAUAUUUUGAAUUGGUUUUACAUAAUAAAAAAGUGUAUCGAUUACGUGGUGCUACUAGUCAAGAAACAACGAAAUGGUUAUGUUUGAUAAAAAAUAUGCUUCGAAUCAAUGAAGCUGAACAGAUAUUGAAUAGAUAUAAAUCACAAAUUAUUAAAGAAGGUUGGUUGAAACGUGUGAAAAAAGGUCAAAUUGCAUGGUUUUGGUGUCGUCUAGCCGGUCUAUAUUUGAUUUAUUCAUUGAGUCCACACAGUACAGUUCCAAUCGGUUGUAAAAAUUUAAAAAAUUCAUACAUACAUCUAAUUGGCAAUCAAACAGCCAGCCUAGAACGAGGAGUAACGCAAAGAACAAAUAAAUCAUGCAGUAUAUCCAUAGAUUUUUAUGAUUCCGGUCAAUUGCUUACAUCUAGUUCAGACUCAGAUUCACUUUUGAUCAGUUUAAAUUGUUCAAAAUUAAAUCAGGAACGACAACAAACAAUUAAAAUAUGGACACCGGAACAUGAACCUAUUUAUUUGCUUUGUCCUACAGUUGAAGAAUGUGAACAAUGGAGAGAUAAUCUAAUUCGAGCAACACUACACUCUCCGACAAUCAUCGAUCCCGGUGAAACACAGACGCCGACGUUGUCAUCAUCUGCAUCAUCAUCAUCAUCUCUUAAAUUCUUUGAAAAUAUUCGAGAAAUAUGGAAACAACUAGUAAAUCCAUCACAUAUAAACAGUUUAUAUCAUUCUAUAAUAUCAAUUAAAGAGCCUAUUUCAAAAACCAUUUCGCAUGAAUACACAGAGAUUAGUUUACGUUUAUUUAAUCAUUUAUUAUUUCUUUGUCAUCCACAAAUUGAUUUAAUUGAAAAUUCAAAUUUACACUUAAUGGAAAUACCAUUGAGUAAUUUAAUCAAUACUUCACAAUGGUUAAUAAUAAAAUAUUUAAUUAUGAAACAAAUAGUACAUUUUUGUCUGAAAUAUCCCAUUUUAAAAGAUGAACUGUAUUUACAAUUAAUUAAGCAAAUAAUUUUUGCUGGUAUACAUACUAAACAAAUACCAAAAGAUGCUUAUAUAAUUUUAUUUAAAAAUAAAAUUUCUAAACGUAAUUUCACAAUUUUUUCAUGUACUAAAAGUCAAGAAUUACCAGAUGAAUCAAAUAUUAUCACUAAUCAUUUGAAAUAUUGUAAUAAUUUUAAACAGAACGAAGCGAGUGUUUUUCAUCUGCAAAUUGGCAAUCGAUAUAAAGGUUUAUUGUCUGAAGUGGCAUCUCAGUUGACUUCGUCACCGAUAGCUAAAUUAAUCAUACCACUGACUAAUUUGAAUAAUAAUCCCAAACCUGAGUACUGGUGGCCUUCUAUUGCAAUCUGGGAAUGUUUAUGCUUAUUUCUGACAUUUAUGUUACCAUCUGAUCCUGUUGUAGAAUGUCUGCAACACGUUUUCAAUCUAUUCAUGGAUCCAGUACGCUUAGUUUCAUCAACAGGCUCAUCAUAUGAAGUUGAUCCGUACGAUAAGGUGAAAUCAGAGGGGGUACAACUGAAAAUAAGAUAUUUCACAGAAAUUGCUGGCUAUGCAUCAUUUUGUCGUGAUACAUUAAAUCGAACUAAACUAUACAGUGGUCGAGAUCAGUAUCCAUCAGUGUUGGAAGUGUUCACUAUAUCCAUUCGUAAUCCCAAUACACAUGUAUAUCCUUUUUCAUUGCCAAUUUACUUACCUUAUGGAUCAAAUUAUGAAGUGGUUAACUUUCAUGGUAGUUCUACAAUACAAGAUUUAAAACUACAAAUGAUUGAAAAACUUGGAUUCAAUGAAAUUACUUGCAAAGAUGCAAUUCUAUUUGGUAUAUAUUUAUGUUUAGGAGAAUCAGUUAUAGAGUCAAAACAUGUUUAUUUAAAUCCUCAAUGGAAAAUAUGUGAUAUUAUUUCAACGCAUGAGCAAUUCACAUUAGAACACUUAUUAACUAAUCAUCAUCAAUCGGGACAAGCAAAGCAACAAAUUGAUUUUAUUAGAAUUGAUCAAAUUUCAGUAAAACUUUUGUUUAAAAUACAAACAUUUACAUGGAAAGUUGUACAUAAUUUAAUAUUGAGCAAAUCAAAUGUAUCUUUAUUAAGUUUUUUAGUGCAUCAAUUACAUGCCAGUAUUUUAGCAAAUCAUUAUCAAAUACCAAUACGUGGUAUUGAUUUUAUCGAUUUAAUUGUUUAUUUAUGUCGUGCGGACUAUUAUGACUAUUCAGAAUUACAAAAACGUCAUGAACAAAUCACAUUUAGUGAAUUAUUACAAAGUUAUUUCCCUAUUCAUUGGUUAUCUAAUAAUGUCAAUUCAACUGAUACACAAUCAUUUAUACAAAUUAAGCUAAUCGUAUUAGAUCGUUGGACAAAAUUAACAAAAUCUGUAUCAUCAAAUUUGAAAUUUCAUUUAAAUUUAAACAAAAUUCAUAAUGAUGUGUUUAAAAAGAAUGAUCAUGUUAGACAGGAUCAUUUAAAAAUUAAUAAUCAUGAAAAUCAAAUUGAUUUAGCAACAUUUCUUGCUUGUAUGAACUAUUUGAAACAUUUAAAACGUUUAUUUCCUUAUAGAUUCACAUGUUCUGCGUAUAUUGCACGUGUGAAUAAUCUCGCAUCGACUAAUGAAAAUCAAUUAGUAUGGAUUGUACCACAAGAAGGACAAAUCAAUAUACUAACAGGUGGUACAUUUAGAUUACCAAGUUUAGAAAUAAUAAUUAACGAAAACAACAAAUUAGAAUCGACGCGAAUUUACUGUUUAAAAUCAAUAUCAUAUAGAAGUGUUGUGGCGUAUGGUGGUCAAAAGAAUGGUGUAUUUUUUCUUGUCUAUGCAGACUAUGCAAAUGUAUCUCAACAAUGUACAACAACAACAACAACAACAACAUUUAAGCAUAUUACAAGUCAAGAUUUACCAUCGAAACGCCAUGUAAGCCACAUGCAAGAAUCUAGUUAUUAUCCAUCCUCGUCAACUUCUUCCUUAUCAAAUUUUACACAUAAUAGUCAAAGGAAUAUGCCACAACGUCAACCAUAUCAUUAUAAUAAAGACUGGAAGUUAUUGACUAAACAACCAAAUGUUUCAGUAAGAAAAUUGAAAUUUUUCCUAACUGACCUACCAGCAGUCAUUGACUUAACUAAUGUGCUUACAUUCCUGAUAAAUAUUCAUGGUAAAUCUGAAAUGGUUUGAAAAAGAGCACUUAAAAAAAGGUUUUGCUAUUUAUGUGAACAGAAUUAUUGAUAGAAGUUCUAAAAUCAAUCAAAUGACGUAGAGCAAUCAUCGAGCCAGUAAAUCACAUCUCUAUGGGUGUACAUUAAUUCCAAACGAUCAGAUGACAAGGAAAUGUUUAACUUUUGUAUUCUGUGUUUUGUAUUUGAAAAAAAAAAUUAUUUUUAAAGAAGUCGUUUUGAUCAUCAUUAUUUUUAUAAAAAAAAAAAGAUAUUUCGUGAAUUCAUUACUACUAUUGUA